CAUCUUGUCCACGAUUGUAAAUUGUCUCUACAGAGAAAGAUGCAAACGCCAUUUCUCCAUCUCUCCAAAAGCUUCACUCCAUCUCCUCUUCCACGUCAAAACAACAAUCCAUCCUUCGGACUUCUCCCUCCAAUCUCCCGGCGACCGAGAAGAGUCGUCGCGCAACAAAGCCACAAACCAAACAGGGGAGACAAAGGGAAAGUGACUCUAAAGGGUAACAAAGAGAACGUAUGGAGCGUUGAUAACGAGAUUGCCGAGAACGAGAAGCGUAAGCAGAGGAAGCCAAAGGGGAGAAGGAGAGGGAAGAGAUUAGGAAGUGGAGGAAGGAAAGGUAGAGUCUUGGUUUCAGGAACCAUGUUGAUUGAGACAGAAACUGUUCUUCAGACACAGGAACCUGUGAUAAAGCCAGUGUGGAGAACGUUUGCGAGUAGUGUAAGUGGGAUAUGGAAAGGAGUAGGAGCUGUGUUCUCUCCCAUAACGGCAGAGAUGGAGCCUCUUGAGAUUGGGAAGAAGAACGAGUCUCUUUACGAUUGCUACACUCUUUCACGGAUCGAAGCAUUGCCAUCAGGGUCUUCAUCUGAGAUACAGAGGAAGAUCAAUUGGGUUACUUUUAAUCCUCAUGGAGAGUUUUCCCAGAGUGAUGAGGCUGGUGAAGACACCCUUUUGCCAAAGUUUGAGUCUUUUAACUUGAAAGCAAGUGAUGUCAUGGAAGAAGAUUCCAUGGGAGAUGAGCCUGGACUUGUUUACUUUGAGGAUGGAUCCUAUUCUAGAGGUCCGGUUGCAAUCCCUGUUGGGGAGAUGAGUGAAUCUAACUAUUACCUCACACCAACUUUCAAGUUUGAACAGUGUCUGGUGAAGGGUUGUCAUAAGAGACUGAGAGUAGUCCACACCAUAGAAUUCGCCAAUGGUGGUGCAGAUAUACAGAUAAUGAGAGUUGGUGUUUAUGAAGAACAGUGGGUUAGUCCUUCAAACUAUGAGGAGCAAAGUAACAACGAUGCGCCACUGGAGUUAAAACCCUUCUCACAGAGGAAACGCACGCAACCAUCAGAGCUAACAGGAUCGUGGAAAGUGUUUGAAGUGAGUGCAACUCCAAUCUAUGGAGAAGAAGACCAAAUGGAGCUCUCAGGUCAAAGCAGUGAGACCACUCCAUACGUGUACCUAUGCACAGAGGCUUUAAAGAGAAGGAACUUACCAGAAAGUUCGGUUUCGUUUGGAGAUGAAGAGAUGGUAGAUAUGCAGGAUGUGUCUGUGAUGUGGCUACCAGGUGGUGUGACUGCUUACGUGGAUGUGAAGGAAGAUGGAGUGUUAUGCGUUGGAAUAGGAUGGUAUUCUGAUGAAGGGAUUAAUCUUGUGAUGGAGAGAGAUUAUGGUUUAGAUGGGAAUCUUAAAGAAGUUAGAUCCAAUACUGAAGUGAAGAGAAGAUGGACUGAAGAACCUAAGUGAGACUUUCUAUGUUCUGUGUCUUUCCUCUGUUUCAGACUGAUGUUUAAUCUUUAGUACAUGUAAGUAACACUCUCUGAUGUUUGGUGAAGCUAUAAUAAAAAUGUCUUUUCU